GUGUUCUCUCUCUUUUCAGUUGUUUGACCGUGCAGCAAGAAUUACUACGUUACUUUUCUAUUAUUACAAUUUACAAAUUACAUAGAAGUUGAAUUUAAAGCUAGCCCCCGUGAAUAGUCGCAAAUCGUAUGUUAAUAGAAAAAAAAACGGAAAUUAAAAUACAAAAAUUGCUGUGAAUAAACACGAAAACACGAAAAAGACAACACAAAAGUUGUUAAAAAGUUCCUAAGAAGAUGUAUACGGUUUCCAAAGGUCCCAGCAAAAUUGUGGCCAAAACACGUAGAGGUUUAUCGCAAAAUUUUGAAAAAUUUGAAACCAUUAAGGAGAGUGGUAGGCGCAACAACGAUGCCAACAGUCCGGAGAACUUAAGUGUGCCCAAGCCAGUUUUUCAAACAAAGAAAAUCAGCCAUCCCAAAAUUGUGGAAGAGGAAGUAUUGACCCCACAGCACGAAGAGAUAAUCAAAUAUAUAAAUGACUCAUGGAAUAUAAUAGUGGCUCACAAUCCCUACGAUCGAACACCUGCAAAUACAGUUGUACCCACAACCGACGCCAAUAACAACAGCACGGCUGCCUCUCUUAUCAAAUCAACCACAAGUUCAGCCCAAACUGCUUCUUCAAUAUAUUGCGUAGAACCUCCCAGUCCUGUUUUAAGCGACUUCAAGCCAUUCGAUCUGGAAUCAUGGUGGGGCCGCCGUUUGUUCAAUAACAUCACCAAAAGCCUUUGAAGUGUGAUAUACUACGAGUUUAAUUUGUAAUUAUAAGUUCUAAAUUUAGUUUAAUUAUUAAGAUCGAUUGGCCCAUUGCAAAUCAACUAUUCGAAACCAAAUUGUAUUGUAUAAAAUAUAUAUGUAAUUGCUAAGAAAAUUCGGCAGUUAAUGGAUGUCUUCCGUUAGGUACUCUCAAUCUUUUUAUUUUUCUCUUCCCUGUUUAUAGUCUGUAUAGCUGUUCCUUUGCCUACUACCAUUCUUUAUUUUGUUUUUGUUGUAGUCAUAUUAUGUUUUGUUAAUAGAAAUUUGGCAUAUCAGCUAUUGUUUGGAUGUGAAAUCGCAACUACGUUUUGGAAAGUUCUCAUAUCUGAAUGCAUUAGAAGAAAGCAAAAAUAUAAAAAUCCAUUUUAAGUUCCCCAAA